AUGCCAAGGCAAAGGAGGAACGUCAACCGUCGAAAUGCCGUAUUGGAUGGCGCCAGCGUACCAGCAGAACCAACAGACUACAGCGCCAUGUCCACCGAAGCUCUUCGCCUCAUGCUGGGAGAACGUCACCUCCAGCAAACCGGGAAUCGCCGCGAACUUAUCUCGCGUCUACAACAUAACAAGCAACAAAGACCGCCCGCAUCACAAUCAGCAGGCGCCCAGUCCAACUCCAGUAUCGCCACCGGCGUUCCACACGCGGAAUUGGCUGCCUUAAUCGCCUCCAUAGUGGACGAGCGGAUGAACCGCCAACUAAUCCAAGAUGGCGGUGCCAGCAGUGCUCAACUCACUCGGCCCAGUCCUCCGAGCAACCUUCAGGACAGCCUCAGGUCCAGUCCUCCUCCACCGCCACAAGAUGGCGGCCAAAACACGACACAACAACAACCUUCCUUUCAAAAUCCUCCGACAGGUAAUCUCCUCCCAAGCACCGCCGUUUCUUCUGGUCUCGCCGCUUCUUCUGGUCUUGGUUCCCUCUCUUCUCCAGUCGACUUUUCCGAUCCAGCCCAAGUAGCGUCGCUUCACCCGAACUUCCGACAGCCUUCUCGCCAGCCAUCUCACUAAAGCCACCUCGACGGCCAUCACCAACGGUGAGUACGUGGACUUUGCUACCCUUUUACCAAUGACCUCCCUUCUCACUGACUCCAUCCAUUCCCAUCUUAACCUUAAGGUAGGCGAUCAGGGUCUAACUAUUCCCCUUCCCUCCUCCUCUAAACGCCCCAAAAUCACCUCCAUCGAUCGAUGGCUCGAUGCCUUUGCCAUAUAUUUCGCCGUUAUAGUGUCGGUAUAUCCCUCUCGUGCCGCGGAUUUAAUAGCCUAUCAACAGUUGAUUCGGGAUGCGGCACGAAAGUUCCCUGGGAUGGCUUGGUAUGUCUAUGAUGUGGAAUUUCGAAGGCGUGCCUCCCAUAACCUUUCUGCCAAGUGGGGGGAACGGGACGUCCAGCUGUACCUCGAUACCUUCACAGGCCUCCCCAAAUCAGGAUGCCGAUCUUGCGGCAGCACUGAUCAUCUUUCUGAUACCUGCCCUUUAUCUCCCCGUAGGUCCCGGGAUGCCCUUACCCAAUCCGACCUGUGCUACAACUUUAACAAGGGCCGACCCUGUGCUCGCACCCCAUGCCCUUACCAACACAGGUGUAACCAGCCGGGAUGCUCAGCAGCUCACUCUGGGGAAGAUCACACCAAACUCACCCGCCACAGAGAGGACAGACCUAAAUCGUCUUCAAGCUCUGGCAAUUCCUCCCGAGGACACUCCUAAUUACCUCUCCCAACUGACCCCUCCCACCCCCAUUGACAUCAACAAAUUUGCAUUCUACCUUCAGGGCCAUCCAGAUCACACAACAGUUAAUCAUCUUCUCACAGGGUUUUCUCAGGGCUUUAAGAUCGGCUAUUUAGGUCCAAGGGCCCCCAAGGAAUAUUCUAACCUUCCCUGUGCAAAUAUCAACCCAUCUAUUAUUGACAAAAACAUGCUAAAAGAGGUUACCGUGGGCCACACAGCAGGGCCUUUUCACAUCCCUCCCUUCUCCAACCUGCAGGUAUACCCCAUUGGGGUCAUUCCCAAGAAACACUCUUCGGAAUGGCGUACCAUUUUCCAUCUCUCCUACCCCAAACACCGCCCCACCAGUGUCAAUGCCCACAUUCCUCCCGAAUCCUAUUCUUUGCAAUACAUAAAGGUGGACCACGCAAUUGCCAUUCUUCAGGAUCUCGGUCCAGGCUGCUUCAUGUCCAAACUAGACAUAAAAUCAGCAUUUCGCAAUGUUCCCGUCCACCCCUCUGAUUGGGAACUUCUGGGUAUGAAAUGGGAAGGGCUCUAUUUCUUCGAUAUGGUCCUCCCCUUCGGUCUCAGGUCGGCCCCCUUCCUUUUGAUGAAUUCUCUUCUGCAGUGGAAUGGAUCAUUCAAACUAAACUUAAUAUCCCAAAGGUUAUCCAUAUACUAGAUGAUUUCUUUUUUUGCUACCUCCCUCCCAGAUCAAAAAUGCAUGACUGCUCUAUGCCAAAUUUUGCACCUUUUACAGAUCUAAAUAUCCCCAUAGCUCCUGGGAAAACCUUCCCUGCAUGCACAUGCCUUGAAUUUAUGGGUAUCCAACUAGAUUCCAAGAAAAUGGAAGCCCGUCUCCCGGUGGAUAAACUCACCCGCAUUCAGGAAGCCCUUGGUCAGUGGACUACUAGGAAAUCUGCUACCCUACAGGAGCUACAGUCUCUGAUUGGCACCCUUCAAUUUGCUUGUAAGGUUAUUGCCCCUGGCCGCCCCUUCUUGCAACGCAUUAUCCACCUUACAAAGGGUAUCAAGUUCCCCCAUUGGCAUAUUCGCCUUAAUUCCGGUUUCCGUAAGGACAUUUCUAUGUGGCAGCAUUUUCUCCAAAAUUGGAAUGGGGUGUCUCUCUUUUUAGAUACCCAGGCCACCUCUCCGCCGGAGCUUCAGCUAUACACUGAUGCUUCUGGUUCCCUUGGGUAUGGGGGUUUCUUAGCAGGGGAAUGGUUCCAGGGCCACUGGCUGCCCCACCACACCCUCAGCCAAAAAAGGGGUAUUAGUAUUGAAUGGCAGGAGCUAUUUCCCAUAUACUUGGCCUGUAUUUUAUGGGGGCCCCGCUGGUCCGGCAAAAGAAUCCGCAUGUGGUGUGACAACAAGUCAGUGGUGGCUAGCAUUAACUCUAAACACUCCAAGUCCCCCCGGGUAAUGGACCUUAUUCGAGCAAUCACACUUCAAACGCUCCAAUAUAACUUUGCGUUCACAGCUACUCACAUCCCGGGCUUAGCCAAUUCUAUCGCUGAUUCCCUUUCCCGUUUUCAGAUGGACCGCUUCCGUACCCUGGCUCCCUCAGCCUCUCCCACAGCCUCCACCAUCCCUCCAUCAGCGAUGAACAUC